AAGGAUUGCGGUUGAUUUAUUAAUCUGUCUUUUUUUUUUUUAAAUUCCCUCCCCCCUUUUUGCACAACAGCCAGGAGGAGAGGAGAGAGAAGACAGACAGAGAGAGGGAUAGAGGAGGAGGAGGGGAGGGGAGGGGGUGGGAAAAAAAAAGUAUCCGACGUUACUGACAGAUUUAUGAGCCAAUUGCGAACCAUCGCCUCAAGGCUACACGAUUUGAUCCCGGUAGAGAAGUGCUUGUUUGAAUUAGCCCAUUUGAACAAAGGGAUCCGGGAGAUGUACAACAUUGUAUUGCACCGUUUGAUCGCAGCUUUUCUCCGGUGCGGGUUCUUAUAAUUACGGAAGGUCGCCGCUACCUGGACAAUUUGUUUCUCCCCCCACCCCCUGCAACCACAGAGAUGUUUCCCCACAACCGCUCGUCGGUACCGCCAUCCGCCGCCCCAACUGCCGCAUCCCAAACUUUGAAAUUCACCUUCCCAGAAACGUUGGAUCGGAUUAAGGAAGAAUUCCAGUUUCUGCAGGCACAGUACCACAGCCUCAAGAUGGAGUGCGAAAAGUUGGCCAGUGAAAAGACGGAGAUGCAGCGACAUUACGUGAUGUACUAUGAGAUGUCAUAUGGCCUCAAUCUUGAGAUGCAUAAACAAACGGAAAUAGCAAAGAGACUGAAUGUGAUUUGUGCUCAGCUCCUCCCUUAUCUAUCGCAAGAACAUCAACAACAGGUAAUCCAGACCAUUGAACGUGCAAAGCAGGUAACCAUGGGCGAGUUAAAUGCUGCAAUUGGAGUUCGAGGACUUCCUAUUCUACCACCCCCACACCAUUUCCAACCCCAGCAGCUCUCCCACCACGCCUCUCCGUUCCCGCUCGCUCUCCACCCAACAGGGCUGCAGCUCCCGGCCAUGUCUUCAAUUGGAGCCAGCUCGGGACUUCUGGCCCUCUCCAACGCCCUGGCGGCUCACCCCCAGUUUGCCCUUAAAGAAGACAAGAACCAUCAGGAGCAGGAGCAUCGGCGAGACAGAGACCAAGGGUCGGAGGCAGAGACAAGUCGUGAAAUGUCGGAUGCAAAAGCAAGAAGGCACAGAUGCUGGAAAUCUGAAAGAAGAACAGAAAGUGCCGAGGAUUCUCAGCAGAGUUCUGUACACUCGUCCAAUGGAGACAAGCCAAGAAACUCCUCGGAAUAUCCCAUCCACCUCAAGAAGAAGAAAACUGAGGAACGGGAUUCAGUGAAUGACUAUGACAGCGAUGACGACAAGAGUGACGAUAAUCUCGUCGUUGAUGUUUCCAAUGAGGAGCCAUCGUCUCCUCGCAGUAGCCCUCCGCAAGCAGCGCACGAGAAUGGACUGGAAAAGCUUCACGUGAGGAGGAAGACUCAGGUGAACAGUCCCACGUCGCUGGUUACAACAAGCUGCACCCCGCCUCCGCUAAAAAGCAAAGAGCCGGUUGCGAAUGAGAAGUCCAGCACACCUGGUCUUAAAUCCAGCGUGCCACCGUCCCGGAGUGACUCAGCGACGCCCAGCACCAGUGGCACCUCCCAGCACUGCUCAGCGGCUGGCAAAGCAGGGGCGGAUCCUCUCGCUUUAGGGUUGAAAACACCACUGUCCGUGCAGGGUGCUUUCCCGGUGCCAUUCGGGAUGGUCCACACUGCGGUGAACGGUGGGAUCGCCGGUGCCAAUGCCUACGGGGGCCUGCACUUUGCUUCCCCUCAACUCAACGGCGGUGCCACAGCCUCAACGUUUGGUCGCUCAUCGGUGGCUGGAUUUGAACAUCACACACACAAGCGGGCGGCAGGACUUCCCGGGAGCCUGUCAGCGGCGACUGCAGGGAAGCCCGCCUACUCGUUCCACGUCGGAGCAGACCGGCAGAUGCAGCCCGUGGCGUUCCCGACGGACGCGCUGACUGGGACGGGCAUUCCCCGGCAUGCCCGGCAGAUCAACAACCUCCCCCACGGGGAGGUGGUGUGCGCCGUGGCCGUCAGCAACUUCACCAAGCACGUGUACACGGGCGGAAAGGGCUGCGUGAAGGUGUGGGACAUCAGCCAGCCCGGAAACAGAAGCCCCGUCUCUCAGUUGGAUUGUCUGAACAGAGACAACUACAUCCGCACCUGCAAGCUUUACCCCGACGGCCGCAAUCUGAUCGUGGGCGGGGAAGCCAACAUCAUUUCCAUAUGGGACCUCGCAGCUCCAAGCCCUCGGAUCAAGGCGGAGCUGGAAUCCAGCGCUCCCGCCUGCUACGCUCUGGCCGUCAGCCCGGACGCCAAAGUCUGCUUCUCCUGCUGCAGUGACGGAAGCAUCUUUGUCUGGGACUUGCACAAUGAGACGAUCAUUAGGCAGUUCCAUGGCCACUCCGAUGGUGUCAGCUGCACAGAUAUUUCCAAUGACGGGACAAAGCUGUGGACCGGCGCGCUGGACAACACCGUCAGGUGCUGGGACCUGCGGGAGGGGCGGCAGGUGCAUCAACAUGACUUUGCAUCACAGAUCUUUGCGCUAGGAUGCUGCCCGACAGGAGGUUGGCUUGCUGUUGGCACAGAGAGCAGCAACGUGGAGGUUUUACAUGUCAACAAACCAGAUAAAUAUCAACUCCACCUUCACGAGAGCUGCGUUCUCUCACUCAAAUUUGCUUAUUGUGGUAAAUGGUUUGUAAGCACUGGAAAAGACAACUUGCUGAAUGCAUGGAGAGUACCGUAUGGAGCAAGUAUAUUCCAGUCCAAAGAGUCAUCGUCUGUGCUAUGCUGUGAUAUCUCGGUGGACGACCAAUAUGUUGUCACUGGCUCAGGGGACAAGAAAGCCACAGUGUAUGAAGUCAUUUACUGAGAAUUCAAUCCUUCACCGGGAGAGGAGGGGACGGGACAGGGCGAGGUUCUUCAGCCGAGACCUUCAUUCCGGAUCAGUUUAACUACAUUUCCCAAGGAGCACAUCCAACAGAACCUCCACCCUCGUUGGAAGACUGUCUCGUUUGACCUUGACUUGGUUGUUGAAAUUUAACCUGGACUCACUUCAACAAGAGAGGACUUCUGGGUUGACCAAAGUGACAGAUUCUCAUCGGUAGAGGCAGGUUUGUUCACCUCCGCACCCCGACUAACUCCAUAAUCAAUGCUAAAGUUUAGGGUAACACACUCUUUGUACAAUUUAUUUUACUUCUCUGUUCUGUUUGCUGGAUUCAUUUGUGAGGGGAAAUAUUCUGUAUGGUUACCAUGAUGCAAGACCUUGCUGCCUGUGGAUCUUGACCAGUUGGGAGGCACAUGGAACUUUGACCUGUUUUUCUUCACGUUGAGCUUUUCAACCGCACUUAUGAAAAUGCAUCUUUUUAUAUUGUGCUGUUCAUUAAGUAGAACAGUGUGAACGUUGACACCUUAGCUUGCUCUCCUCUUUCCCAAUCUCCCUCAGUCCACCCAUAAACUAGCGUUUGUGGGGAAGCAGUUCAGACGUCAACAUAGGAGUCGCCAGCCCUGAUGUUUUGGGUUCUGUUUCCACUUGCCUGUAUGGGCAUCUUGGGUUUUCACUUGUGGGGGGUUAUGCGCUUGUGAAUCACUGCAUAUAAAUCACACACAUGCCAAGCACGUACACCACUAGGCUGCCAUACGGUGCCAGAAAUAGAUAUAAGUGCGUUAUACCGAAAAUCGGAGAGCGUAAAUUAACCUUCGGUAGCAAUUGGACAAACGCUCAUUCCAAUUAUUCUAAAAAAAACACGUAAAUGACGCUGGUGCAAACCGUGAGGUGCCUGUCAAGAUUUCUUUCAAGGUUUAUCAUUGAUUAAUGCUAUUGUCCAUCGCGUGGCUAUUUCCCUGCUUUGGCAAGGAUCCUCCACUGCCAUAGAGAUUAACGUAUCUAAGUGGAGGUGCAGUGGGAGCUUUCAGAACCUUAAGGGAGAUGUUCAGGCAAGACAGGAGGAGAGCACAAGGAUCCCAUCUCAAUGCGUUGUAACGAAACAGGUUGUUUUUAGGAAAUGGAAGAGUGAGCUGCCGAGUCAUCUGUUUCAUUCACCGGGGGGGGGGGGGGGUACAGCGCACGUGGGCACGUCUCGUGAACAGAUCGCGGCUGGUUGCAGUCAACAGGUCGAAGCAACUUGUGCCAGUUGACUUGAAGAGUGGCUCCACCUCCAACUACGCUUAAAUAUUGCAACUUACUUGAAAGCUUGGACCAUGCAAUCUCACUGUUUUAUUUAUGAAGUCUAUAGGAAAACAUCGUCAAGCACAGCUUAUAUUGGCAAAGAGCUCCACACACUUUUUAUUCAAAUCUUUUGGUUAUUUUGAUAUUUGGAUUAAUUUUCCUUGCAAAUGUUGUAAUUAGACGGCUGUUUACAAUGGAAGAAAUAUCUUGCCCGGUUAACACCUGGGCAGCAAAGUAAUUUGAUCUUUAUUUCUAAUUCACAACAGGGACUCAUAGUGUUGGUCAGAUGUGCUAUGUGGAGAAAUUUGUUAUCAUAGUUACCAUUUUAUCCUGUUGUCUAUUUUCUCCUCUUUCACCAUCCGUAACAUUAAAAGCAAUAAUUGUAAAGGUA